GUAAGAGCCAUUGUAGGAGAGCUUUGAGAAGAAGAAGCCAUGGCUAUGGCUCUUGCUUCUUCUAAAGUUUCCUCCUCAAUCUAUCAUACUUCAACUCCAUUCAAUCGGUCAAAUUUAGUGUUAGCUUGCUCGGGUUCGAAUCAAGUAGACAUCGUUGAUCGGAGAAGAAGAAUCAUGAUCUUCGGUUCGAGUUUGGCACUCGCGUCGACUCUGCUUCCGUCCAAUCUUCAGAUAUUUCCGGUGGAGUCUGCGAUCGCAUUGGAGCAAUUGAAGGAAAAAGAAGAUGAGCUUGAGGAAGAAGAAGAGAGAAAUGUCAUUCUCUUCCAGAAAACUUCGCCGUCUGUUGUUUACAUUGAAGACAUUGAGCUGCCCAAAACGUCUUCUGGUGAUUUUAGUGAUGAGGAAAAUGCAAAGAUCGAAGGCACAGGUUCAGGCUUCGUUUGGGAUAAGCUUGGUCACAUUGUGACAAACUAUCAUGUCAUUGCCAAGUUAGCUACAGAUCAGCUUGGUUCACAACGUUGUAAGGUCUCUCUAGUUGAUGCUACCGGGACAAGAUUUACCAAGGACGGGAAAAUUGUGGGUCUUGAUCCAGAUAAUGAUCUAGCUGUGUUGAAGAUUGAAACCGAGGGACGCGAAUUAAUACCUGUUGUUCUCGGUACCUCCAAUGACCUACGCGUAGGUCAAAAUUGCUUUGCGAUCGGGAAUCCAUAUGGAUAUGAAAACACUUUGACAAUAGGGGUAGUGAGUGGGUUGGGAAGAGAGAUACCUUCACCUAAUGGGAAAAGUAUUCGAGAAGCUAUCCAAACAGAUGCUGAUAUUAACUCUGGAAAUUCUGGCGGGCCAUUGCUUGAUUCUUUUGGCCAUACCAUAGGCGUAAACACUGCCACAUUCACUCGAAAAGGGAGUGGUAUGUCUUCUGGUGUCAACUUUGCUAUUCCCAUUGACACAGUUGUCCGAACAGUACCCUACCUCAUUGUGUAUGGAACAGCUUACAGAGACAGAUUCUGAAGAAGAAAACACAUCUUUGAGUUUUUUUUAUAUUGUUGUUUCAUAAUACACUCUGUAAACUUUCAGACUCCUGUCUCUCUAAAUGUAAAUAUAAAAGUUUCCUGAGUUUCCAAUGUAUGUA